AUGUACGGUGUACUUCUUAUGGAAGAGCACCACAAUACUCUGGCUGAUACAAAUCCGAGUUCUUUAUCUUUGAAAAGAUUUCUUGAGCAGGAUGAAUUGAUUUUUUGUCUUUGUGUAGAGUAUUUUGAAAGAUCGAUAUUUUCAGCAGUGCACGACUUGGUUAUAUUGAAGGGGUUAGUUUCUCUGAUAAGACAUAGAUAUUGGAUUGAUGAUUAUUUCGUUUUGGGAAGGAUUAUUUGCACUAUGUCCAGGCGAAGUUUAGAUGCCGGUUUAAAUCGUUGGGAAUACUACAUUGGCCAAGAAGAGGAAAUUGCAGAAGAAAAUCGUAAGUUAUGGUGGGAUUGCUAUUGGUGGGAUAGAUGGUACACUUUAAAUUCUGGUAAGGAACCAAUGAUUUCAGAUGAAAUGACUUCUUGUCUCUUUCCCAAAAAAGUAAUUGGGCUGGGAGUAGAUGAUUCGAUGGAUUGUCUCACAUUAAUAGAUUCAGUCAAACUCGAUCCAACGAAACUUGAUAUUUGUGUUUCUUUUGGUUAUAUACUAUUGGCAAAAUUAAUUACCACGGUAUUCUUUGAGUUGCUUUAUAAUCGUAAAUUCACAGACUACAGAUUAUUUGCAGUGCCUGACGCGAAAGACCUAAAUAGGACAGCACGGCAGCUUAAGGUGGAGUUCUUCAAGAUAAGAAGGAUUUUUCUGGGCGUACAAGAUAAAUUAAUCCCUUUUCUCAAGCAACAUUUUGAAAACAGUCGCAUAUUUGAAUUAUAUACACAUUUUGAAUUCUCCAAAGUUUGCUGUUUUCAAGGAAUGGAAAGUUUGAUAUUGAGGAUCCAAAACCUCUUGCAAUCAAGUGAGAAAGUUGGUCUCGAUAUAUGUAUAAAACAAACAAGGCUUCAAACUUUUGAAACUUCUGUGGAUAUUUUAACGGAAAUUCUCAGGCUGAAGGAUUCACUUCAUAUCAUGAAGUGUUCGUGGUUCUUGUAUGCAAUCUUGUUGAGAAUUACUUCAUAUUUUAUUGAGAACUCCAGAGAAGAUCCGAUUUACCAUUUAUCCUUAAUGUGUGGUGUGAUUGCUCUAUACAAUGAUUUGUUGAUAAAUUCUAAUAACAUUGACGUCAACGAUAACAACGCAUUUUACAAAAAGUUGAAAAAUGGUACAACAAUGUCCUUUAUCCUAACUCGUAUUUGCUGCCAGGUAUAUAUGCGAUCACAGAAGAUUUCUGAGGAGCUACUGUUCCACGAACUAAAAAAAUACGGCCAGGCAUGUUUAAAUGCUGUUAAAGCAGUGUUGGAUAUUGCAUGUGUCUGGUAUGAAAACAUAAUAGGCGAUCAUAAGGAAUCGAAUUUUCGCAAAGAAAUUCUCAAUAUUCUUGAUAGGGACAUGGGUGAUUUUGUAAAUAACAAUAUAGGUGUACAGGGGAAAAAAGAUGGUACACUCCACCAUGAGGGAUUUCCAGUCAAUAGCUCCGGUGUUUCUCUUGGACUGGAUUUUAUAAGUCUCGAAAACUUUGUGACUUCAGACUCUUUGCCGGACUUCCUAAACCUUUUUUGGGACGAAAUUGAAUUAGGCAUUUCUAAAUGA